GUCUGAUUGAGAUUCGUAUAUGCAUUGAAAUUCACUCGCACAAGAUUAAGGUAGGUGGAGAAAUGACGUCAUAUCUUCUUUCUUUCAGGAAAAAAAUUUGUUUUUAAAAUGACACUAGACGAUCCGCAAAACGAUAUACAAACGAAUGCUCAGAGAAACGAAACAGCAAAAAAACGAGCACAGUUACAAACAAAUCAGAAUUGUCAGCCAACGGAAAGUGAUAAAUUGGAUAAAAGCAAUAUAACGGUAAAUCAUCAAAAACAGAAUGAUGCUACCAUAUCAUUUUUACGAGCUGCUCGAAGUGGAGAUCUGGGCAAGGUACUGGAAUUUAUAGAUAGUGGACUUAUAACGAACAUAAACACGUGCAAUGCGAAUGGGUUAAAUGCCCUGCACCUUGCGGCCAAGGAUGGAUAUGUAGACAUAUGCAACGAACUCCUUAAGCGCGGAAUUUCGGUAGACAGUGCGACGAAAAAAGGAAACACUGCCCUACAUAUAGCUUCGUUGGCUGGCCAGCAGCAAGUGAUAAAACAACUAAUCCAAUACAAUGCGAAUGUCAAUGUGCAGUCGCUAAACGGCUUUACACCUUUAUAUAUGGCUGCACAGGAGAAUCAUGAUAGCUGUUGCCGUCUGCUACUAAGUAAGGGUGCCAAUCCAUCCCUUGCUACUGAAGAUGGUUUCACACCUCUCGCUGUGGCCAUGCAACAAGGUCAUGAUAAAGUGGUUGCCGUGCUCCUCGAAAGCGAUGUUCGUGGCAAAGUGCGUUUGCCGGCCUUACAUAUUGCAGCGAAAAAGAAUGACGUCAAUGCGGCUACAUUGCUGUUAAGGCAUGAUAAAAACGCCGAUAUUGUAUCGAAGUCAGGCUUUACACCACUUCACAUUGCUGCCCAUUAUGGGAAUGUGGACAUUGCUAACUUGUUGCUCGAAUGCGGCGCCGAUGUCAACUACGCGGCAAAACAUAACAUAACACCGUUGCAUGUUGCCUGUAAAUGGGGAAAGGCAGCAGUAUGCAGACUUUUGCUCGCAAAAGGAGCCCGAAUUGAUGCCAUAACUCGAGAUGGACUUACACCAUUGCAUUGUGCGUCGCGAUCCGGACAUGUCGAGGUCAUACAGCUCUUACUCUCUCAACAUGCUCCAAUAUUGUCGAAGACAAAAAAUGGAUUAUCUGCUCUUCAUAUGUCAGCGCAGGGAGAACAUGACGAGGCAGCCCGUUUGCUACUCGAUUACAAGGCGCCCGUUGACGAAGUGACAGUUGACUAUUUGACAGCUCUCCAUGUGGCCGCCCACUGCGGCCAUGUGCGAGUGGCUAAAUUAUUGUUGGACUAUGGAGCGAAUCCGAACUCUCGAGCACUCAAUGGAUUUACGCCUUUGCACAUUGCCUGCAAGAAAAAUCGCAUCAAGGUGGCGGAAUUGCUGAUCAAACAUGGCGCCAAUAUACGCGCCACCACUGAAUCCGGUUUAACGCCGUUACAUGUAGCCAGUUUUAUGGGCUGCAUGAAUAUUGUUAUUUACUUGUUGCAACACGAUGCUAGCCCCGACAUGCCUACCAUACGCGGCGAAACGCCUCUUCAUUUGGCUGCACGCGCAAAUCAGACUGACAUUAUUCGAAUAUUGCUUCGAAAUGGAGCACAAGUGGAUGCCGUUGCUCGCGAGGGUCAAACGCCGCUGCACGUCGCCGCUCGUCUGGGCAAUAUUGAUAUUAUAAUGCUAAUGUUGCAGCAUGGUGCACAGGUGAAUGCUUGCACUAAGGAUAUGUAUACUGCCUUGCAUAUUGCUGCGAAGGAGGGCCAGGAGGAAGUAUGCCAGUUACUAAUUGAACAUGGGGCACAGUUAGAAUCUGAAACAAAAAAAGGAUUCACCCCACUGCAUCUGGCUAGCAAGUAUGGUAAGGCAAAUGUGGCCGACAUGUUGAUUAAAAAGGGAGCCGUCAUUGAUUGUCAAGGUAAAAACGAUGUGACACCUUUGCAUGUUGCCACUCAUUAUGAUCACCAGCCUGUGGUGUUACUGCUACUAGAGAAAGGCGCUUCUGCCCAAAUAACAGCACGCAAUGGCCAUAGUGCCCUUCAUAUCGCUGCUAAGAAAAAUAACCUAGAGACAGCACAGGAACUAUUGCAGCACGGUGCCGAUGUUAAUGCAACAAGUAAGUCGGGGUUUUCACCGGUUCAUUUGGCUGCGCAGGAGGGACACGUUGAUAUGGUUCAAUUGCUACUUGAACAGAGUGCCAAUGCCAACAUAUCAGCGAAAAAUGGUUUGACCCCUUUGCACUUGGCUGCUCAGGAAGGACACGUGCAGGUUUCACAGACCUUACUCAAUUACGGAGCCUACAUUUCAGAGCGCACUAAAGCUGGCUAUACGCCACUUCAUAUUGCUGCGCACUAUAACCAAAUAAAUGAAAUUAAAUUUCUUCUCGAAAACGAUGCGAAUAUUGAAAUGACAACAAAUGUUGGUUAUACUCCCCUUCAUCAGGCAGCACAACAAGGUCAUACGAUGGUAAUCAAUCUACUUCUUCGACACAAAGCCAACCCCGAUGCGUUAACAAAUAAUGGUCAAACAGCCCUUAAUAUCGCUCAUAACUUGGGCUACGUAACAGCUGUUGAGACACUUAAGAUUGUGACGGAAAAAUCCGUAAUUAAUACCACAACCGGAGUUCUUGAGGAAAAAUACAAAGUUGUCGUACCGGAAUUUAUGCACGAAACGCUACUUUCUGAUUCCGACGACGAGGGCGGAAACGAAGCUUUGGAUCACAAUCAAUACAAAUACAUGGCGACCGACGACUUAAAAGCCACCAAUGAUCAUGAUAACCAUAACUUUAAUACAACUGAUCCGGAGAUCGAUCGAUUGGAUGGACUAGUCGGUCGAAAUAUUGAAAAAGAAUUAACCAGAACAGAUGAAACAAUUUUAAAUACAUCUCCGGUGGAACGACAGAUUGAUAAUGUGAUUAUAGUUCGGCCGCCCAUUCAUCUGGGAUUUCUUGUGUCCUUCCUGGUGGACGCGCGUGGCGGUUCAAUGCGCGGUUGCCGACACAGUGGUGUUCGGAUAAUUGUACCUCCCAAGGCGUGUUCGGAGCCAACCCGUAUAACUUGCCGCUAUGUCAAGCCGCAGCGAGUGGCUAAUCCGCCGCCAUUGAUGGAGGGUGAAGCUUUGGUUAGUCGCAUAUUGGAAAUGUCUCCAGUAGAAGGAAAGUUUCUAAGCCCGAUUGUAUUGGAGGUGCCACAUUUUGGAUCGCUGCGCGACAAAGAGCGUGAAAUAAUCAUUUUAAGAUCGGACAAUGGCGAAAGCUGGCGCGAACAUAGUGUCUAUGAAGACGAAGGUAAUUUACUCGAAACCUUAAAAGAAACGAUGGCAGCUGAUGUUAAUCCAUUGGAAGAUUUACACACCAGUCGAAUUAUAAGAAUCGUCACACAAAAUGUGCCACAUUUUUUUGCGGUGGUAUCUCGCGUUCGCCAGGAGGUUCACGCAAUAGGACCAGAUGGUGGCACUGUAUCAUCUAUAGCUGUGCCCCAGGUACAGUCCAUAUUUCCACCCCAUGCAUUAACAAAGAAGAUUCGAGUUGGUCUUCAGGCACAGCCAGUGGACUUAAUUGGUUGUUCCAAGCUACUAGGUCAGGGCGUUGCAGUAUCUCCGGUCGUUACCGUCGAGCCACGACGGCGUAAAUUUCACAAGGCCAUCACAUUAAGCAUUCCGGCGCCAAAAACUUGCAAUCAAGGCAUGGUAAACUCACCAUAUAACGCCACGAAUGGAAACGUAAGUGCCCCUACUCUGCGACUGUUGUGCUCUAUAACAGGUGGACAAAAUCGUGCUGUAUGGGAGGACGUCACUGGUUCGACGCCUUUGGCAUUUGUAAAGGAUAGCGUUAGCUUUACAACAACGGUAUCGGCACGUUUUUGGCUAAUGGAUUGUCGCAAUGUUGCGGACGCCGGUCGCAUGGCAACCGAACUUUAUUCGUAUAUGGCAAAGGUGCCGUUUAUUGUAAAAUUUGUAGUAUUUGCAAAACAAAUAUCCGCAACGGAAGCAAAAUUAUCUGUCUUUUGUAUGACAGAUGAUAAAGAGGAUAAGACGCUCGAACAGCAAGAGUAUUUUGCCGAAGUAGCAAAGAGUCGGGAUGUUGAGGUAUUGCAAGAUCAAAAUAUUUACCUAGAGUUUGCCGGAAAUUUGGUGCCGGUUUUAAAAUCGGGCGAACAACUGAACACAAAGUUUCAAGCAUUUCGUGAAAAUCGCCUCUCUUUCAUAGUUUACAUUAAAGAUCAAGAACAACCACAUGCACGUAUUUCCUUUAUGAGCGAGCCGAAAGUAACAUCAGGAGAGGCGCCGUUGCGGCCAAUUUGUACGCUGAAUGUAUCACUUGAAUCGCAAAAAUUAAAUCGAGUUAAACUACAUCCGAAUGGCAUCAAUACUAAUGGAAAUAACAAUACGGAUCAUGACCUUAACUACAAAGAUUUAAUCAAUGCCGAAAUAAAAUGUAAUACAGAAUCAAGAGGAAAUUCAAAUAUAAAUCCGUUAGAAGAUGGAAUACAGCGUGCCAAUAUCCGUUUAUCAGACAUAUCGAAUCUGCUGGGUAGUGACUGGCCGCAGCUUGCUGAAGAAUUGGGUGUACCCGAGACAGACAUCAACAUGGUUGAAACUGAGUACGCCGAUCAACCUGUUGCACAACAGGGCUUGGUCAUGCUACGUCUAUGGCUAAAACAAGAGGGCAAUCGCGCCACUGGUAAUGCCUUGUCGCAGGCUUUAAACAAAAUCAGACGUGAAGACGUUGUUGAAAAGUGCAUCUUUAACUUAGAACUGGUCACAGAUCAACUGGAGCGUGGCUUGGCCACGACGCGAAUGCAGCAUGACCACACUUUGAUGCAAUAUCUAGCGGAUGGCCUGAAUGAAACAUUGAACAUUGAACAGCAAACUAACGAAGACGAAUUGUGUCGAAGCAAUGAAAAAUCUAAUAAUGAUAAGUCUUGUGCUACGCCUCCUUCAACGCCAAUAGAAGUCAACGUCGACUCGCAGGAAUAUCAGUAUAAUAUUAGUACGCCGAUUCCUGAAAUUAUGCAAAAAAUUAUUGAAGAACCAAGAGUAAAUGAAGUAGAAAACGAUUUAAUUAAACCUUUGAACGAGAAGGAUAUUGAAAAGAUUCCCCAAUCAUCUGAAGAACAACUUUUACAUACCCUGGCAGAGAAAUACAAGGAGCCAACAACUUAUUCCACGUUGGAGGGCGAUUUAAAUGUUUUCGAAACGGAAAAUAAUAGUAAAACAAAGAUAACGAACAUAGAUCCAAAAAUGAAAAGCAAUUUUCUAAAGAAAUUAACAGAAGAUUGAAAUGUUUGCAACUAGUUUUCAAGUUAUGUGCUUAUUUAUUUAUUUAUAUAUGUGUAUGUUUUUUUGCUUUUAUUUGACAACAGUAUCAAAUUAAGAUUAGUGCAGAUUAUAAUGUAUGCGGUACAUAAUAUAUCACUUUCCAAUCUAAACCCUUUCUUUCAAUUACAAUUAUUAAAUUUUAUUUGAUUUAAAGGCAAUCUCUUAUUUUGUAUCUACGUAUGCUAAAAUAACGACAAUUGAAAUUGGUUGUCUAGCAAUAUUUAAUCAAAAGUGUUUUUACAAAACAAACAUAUUUAAUAUUUUUAGCUCAGCAAUGAAAUGAAACUUAAGUUUAUUUGAGUAUCAAUGCGUAAUGUGGUAUUUCGAAAAUAAAAAUGUUGAACUUUAA